GCGCAGAAACCAGCGCCUGCGCGUGCGCUCUGUGCAGGCAGCGGCCCACGGCUUGUCACCGAGCCUGGCGGCUGCAAGGCGGCGGGGUCCCAGGGCUGCUGGGGCCGAGUCUAUAGCGUGAGGCGUCCUUGAGCUGAGAGGACCAUGAACCGCAGUCGGCAGGUGACGUGCGUGGCCUGGGUCCGCUGCGGCGUGGCCAAAGAAACACCAGACAAGGUAGAACUUAGUAAAGAAGAAGUAAAACGUCUCAUUGCUGAAGCCAAGGAAAAAUUACAAGAAGAAGGUGGCAGUGAUGAAGAGGAGACAGGCGAUCCUUCGGAACAUGGCAUGCAGAGCGCACGUACCCAGGCACGACCAAGAGAGCCCCUGGAAGAUGGUGACCCAGAGGAUGACAGGACGCUGGAUGAUGAUGAGCUGGCUGAGUACGACUUAGAUAAAUACGAUGAGGAAGGCGACCCAGAUACUGAAACUCUUGGUGAAUCUCUCUUGGGUCUUACAGUCUAUGGAAGUAAUGAUCAAGAUCCUUAUGUUACUCUGAAAGAUACGGAGCAAUAUGAACGUGAAGAUUUCUUGAUCAAGCCCAGUGACAAUCUUAUAGUUUGUGGCAGAGCUGAACAAGACCAGUGCAAUUUAGAGGUGCACGUUUAUAAUCAGGAAGAAGAUUCCUUUUAUGUGCAUCAUGAUAUACUGCUGUCUGCAUACCCUCUAAGCGUGGAAUGGCUGAAUUUUGAUCCUAGCCCAGAUGAUUCUACAGGAAAUUAUAUUGCUGUGGGAAAUAUGACCCCUGUUAUUGAAGUGUGGGACCUUGAUAUUGUGGACUCUUUAGAACCAGUCUUCACACUUGGAAGUAAGCUAUCAAAAAAGAAGAAAAAGAAAGGAAAGAAGAGUUCCUCAGCAGAGGGGCAUAUCGAUGCUGUCCUGGACCUUUCUUGGAAUAAGCUGAUCAGAAACGUGCUGGCAAGUGCAUCAGCUGACAACACUGUAAUUCUGUGGGAUAUGUCCUUAGGGAAACCAGCAGCUAGCCUUGCUGUACACACAGACAAGGUCCAGACUCUGCAGUUUCAUCCAUUUGAAGCACAGACUCUGGUUUCUGGCUCCUCUGAUAAGUCAGUGGCUUUGUAUGACUGCCGAAGUCCAGAUGAAAGCCAUCGAAUGUGGCGAUUCAGCGGGCAGAUUGAGAGAGUGACUUGGAAUCACUUUUCACCUUGUCAUUUUUUGGCUAGUACAGAUGACGGCUUUGUAUAUAAUUUGGAUGCACGUUCAGAUAAGCCAAUUUUUACACUUAAUGCACACAACGAUGAAAUCUCUGGUCUUGAUCUAAGUAGUCAGAUCAAGGGCUGCCUUGUGACAGCAUCAGCAGACAAAUAUGUGAAGAUCUGGGACAUACUGGGAGACAGGCCAAGUCUGGUUCACUCUAGGGACAUGAAAAUGGGAGUUCUGUUCUGUUCUUCCUGUUGUCCUGAUUUGCCGUUUAUUUAUGCCUUUGGAGGUCAGAAAGAAGGGCUUCGGGUCUGGGAUAUAAGCACAGUCUCAUCAGUAAAUGAAGCAUUCGGAAGACGAGAGAGGCUUGUUCUUGGCAAUACGAGAAGUUCAUCUAUUAGUGGCCCUUUUGGGAGCAGAAGCUCAGACACACCAAUGGAGUCUUAAUGUGGAGCAUAAAAUUUUCUGUUUUUUAAAAAGCUGACCUAGAAACAUCCAUGUGUAGCUACAGCCAUGUAGUGACUGAAACAAACUUCAUUAUUUCCUACUGCCAGACAUUCCUCUGCAGCUAUGGCGGCAGCACAAGCAGGGCUGGUCUUUGCGUUUGCCUUUUCAGUGUGUGGUGUUUAGGGCUCCUACUACAUUUCUUGAAGAGGAUAAUAAAGAGGUUUUUAAAAAAUAAUUCCUUAAAUAGGCCAUGUGUCAUAGGUAACCUAUAGGUUUGUAAAAUAGGUAGGUAGUAAUUUGUGGAAUUUUAGAAGAAAAUCCUCUGAUCUUAAAAGAUGGGUAAACCCAGGCCUAGAAAAGCUGUGAUUUGGCCAAGAUUGCACAGUAGCCAUAAACAGGGGCAGGUGCCCCAGGAAUGGAAUUGCUCUUUCCUGACUUGACUGUUUUCCAGUUAAUGUUCGUGACUUUAGAAAUGUUCUCAGUGCUACUCGUAAAGUUCAGUAACUAAAUUAAAAGGGGGAUGCCUCUUUUCCCCCAGCAUGGUAUUCAAAGAAAAAAGAGACAUUACAUUAUGAUAAAGGUGUCAGUCCAACAAGAGGAUAGAACAUUCAUAAAUAUCAUAGGAGCACCUAAAUAAAGCAAAUGUUAACAGACCUAAAGGGAGAAACAGCAAUACAAUAGUAGCAGCAGAACUUAAUAUCCCACUUUCAUCAAUAAAUAGACUGUUCAGAAAGAAAGUCAAUAUGGAAACAUUGGCCUUUACAGACAUAUACAGAACAUUCCUUCUGAAAGGAACAGAACGCACUUCUUUUUCUCAAGCACACAUGGGAAAUUUUAUCAAGCACACAUGGGAAAUUCUCCAGGAUAGAUCACAUGUACCACAAAAAGUCUAAAUUUCAGAAAAUCGAAGUAUCAGGUAUCUUUUCUGACCACAAUGGUAUGAAACUAGAAGAUUACAUGAAGCACACUGGAAGAUUUGCAAAUAUAUGGAGAUUAAAUAACAUGCUACUGAACAGCCAAUGGGUCAAAUAAAAGAAAAAGAAAAAAUACCUAGAAACAAGUGGAAACACAACAUACCAAAACUUAUGGGAUAUAGCAAGAGCAGUCCUAAAAGAAGUUCACUGCAUUCAAUGCCUGCUCAACCUUUUACACCUCAAGAAACUACAAAGAAGGAACAAAGCCCAAAGUUAGUAGAAGGAAGGAAAUAAAGACCAGAGUGGAAAUACAUGAAAUAGAAACUAAAAUGGAUCUAAGAACUAUUCUUUUGAAAACUGACGUUUUAAAACUAAGGAAAAAGGACACAAAAUCAAACAUAAGUUGUUAAAACUGGUAGACCACCAAAAUACAAAGGAUCAUAAGAGACUACUACUAUGAACAGUUAAGAGUACAACAAAUCAGACAAUCUAGAGGAAAGGGAAAAUUCCUAAAAAUACACUACCAGCAAAUCUGAAUCACGAAGAACUAGAAAAUCUGAAGGGACCAAUUACUAGUAAGGAGAUUGAGUCAGUCAUCAAAAACCUCCCAACAAACAAAAGUUAAGGAUGAGACUGCUUCACUGGUGAAUUCUACCUAAUGCCUAACCAAUCCUUCUCACACACUUCAAAAAAUCGAAGAGGAGGGAAUACUUCAGACUCAUUUUAUGUAAGGCCAGCAUUACCCUAGUAUUAAACUAGAAAAGGACACCACAAAAAAAUUAUAGGCCAGUGUCCUGAUGAACCUAGGUGCAAAACCUUCUACAAAAUACUAACCAAAUUCAACAACAUUAAAAGGAUCCUAUAUCAUAAGCAAGUGGGAUUUAUUCCAGGGAUGCAAGGAUGGUUCAAUACCUGGGAAUCCAUCAUGAUACAUCUCAUUAACAAAGGAUAAAAAUCAUAAGGUCACCUUAGAUGCUUGAACAUCCAUUAUAAAAACAAAGUGGGUUCGCAAAACAAAGGGUUAGCAGGAAUGUACCUCAACAUAAUAAAGGUGAUGUAUCACAAGUGUACAGCCAGCAUACUCAGUGAAAAAUUGAAAGCUUUUCCUCCUAAGAUCAGAAACAAGACAAGGACCCCACUCCUCACUUUUAUUCAACCUAGUAUUGGAAGCCCUAACCAGAGCAAUUAGGCUUUGGUAAAGGAGAAAGCAUCCAAGGCAGACUCCACCAAAAAACUGUUAAAACUAAUAAAAUUCAGUAAAGUUCCAGGGUACAAAAAUCAAUAUGCAGAAAUCUGUUGUAUUUCUAUACACUAACAAUGAACUAUCAGAGAAAUUUCUUAAUCCCAUUUACAUUUGCAUCAAAAAGAACAAAAUAGGAAUUUAACCAAAAGGGAAACUAUAAGACACUUAUGAAAAAAAUUGAAGACAAAUAGGUGAAAAGAUACUCCAUGCUCUUGGAAUGGAAGAAUAUUGCUAGGAUGUCCACACUACCCAAAGCAAUCUACAGAUUCAGUGUAAUCCCUAUGUAAAUUCCAAUGGUGUUUUUCACAGAAAUAACCCUAAAAUGGGUGUGGAACCACCAAAGAACCUCAAAUAGCCAAUGCAGUAUUUUUUUUUUAAGAUUUUAUUUUCAAGUAAUCUCUACACACCACAUGGGACUCAAACCCACAACCCAGAGUUCAAGAGUCACACACUCCACCAACUGAGCCAGCCAGGCUCCCCUAGCCAAAGCAGUCUUGAGAAAGAACAACAAAGAUGGAGGCAUCAUGCUUUCUGAUUUCAAGCUAUGUUACAAAGCUACAGUAGCCGGGCGUCUGGGUGGCUCAGUUGGUUAAGUGACUGCCUUCGGUUCAGGUCAUGAUCCUGGAGUCCCUGGAUCAAGUCCCGCAUCGGGCUCCCUGCUCGGCAGGGAGUCUGCUUCUCCCUCUGACCCUCCCGACCCUCCCCCCUCUCAUGUGCUCUCUCUGUCUCUCUCUCUCGAUUAAAUAAAUAAAAUCUUUAAAAAAAAAAAAAAAGCUACAGUAGCCAAAAUAAUACGGUAUUGGCAUAAAAACAGACACAGAUCAAGUGAACAGAAUAGCCCAGAAAUAAACCCAUCCAUACAUUGUCAACCUACAACAAAGGAAAGUUGCCAAGAAUAUACAAUGGAUAAAGGACAGUCUCUCCAAUAAAUGGUGUUGGUUAAACUGGAUGGCUACAUGGAAAAGAAUGAAACUAGACCACUAUCUUACACCAUAUAUAAAAACCAACUCAAAAUAGAUUAAGAGCUGACCAUAAGACCUAAAGCCAUAAAAUUCCUAGAACAUCAGUGAUAAUCUUGACAUUGGUCUUGACAAUGAUUUUCUAGAUCUGACGACAAAAGCAAAGGCAAUAGCAACAAAAACUAAGUUUGAUAGCAUCAAAUUAAGCUUCUGCACAGUGAAGGAAACUGACGAAAUGCAAUUUACAGAUGGGAAAAUAUUUGCAAAUCAUCUGAUAUGGGGUUAAUAUCCAAAAUAUAUAGAGAACUACAACUCUAGCCAAAAGAAAAAAAAAUCUGAUUAAAAAUGAAGAGUACUUGAAUAGACAUUUUUUAAAAACGACAUACAGAUGGCCAGAAGUAUGUGAAAAGGUGCCCAACAUCACUAAUAUCAGGGAAAUGCAAAUCAAAACCACAAUGACACAAUCAUUGGAAUGGUUAUUAUCAAAAAGACAAGAAAUAAGUGUUACAAGAGUAGAGAAAAGGGACCCUUGUGCACUGUUGAAGAGAAUGUAAAUUGGUGCAGCCACUAUGGAAAACAGGAUAGAGGAUCCUCAAAAAAUUAAAAAUAGAACUACCAUGAGAUCCAGAAAUUUUACUUCUGGGUAUUUAUCCAAAGGAAACAAAAACAGUAACUCAAAAAGAUAUCUACACUGACAUGUUCAUUGCAGCUUUAUAAUAGCCAAGACAGGGAAACAACCUAAGUGUUCAUCGAUGGAAAAGAAAGUGUGUUUGUGUUUGUAUACACACACACAAAGUGGAGUAUUACUCAGCCAUAAAAAGGAAGGAAAUCUUGCCAUAUGUAAAAACAUGGACCUUGAGGGCAUAAAUUAUGCUAAGUGAAAUAAGUCAGAUGAUAUCAUAUGAUCUUGCUUAUAUGUGUAAUUUUUUUUUAAAUCUGAGCCCAUAGAUAUCAUAGAUAAAUCUGAGAACGGAUGGGUGAAAUGAGUGAAGGUAGUCAAAAGGUACAAACUUCCAGUUAUAAAAUAAGUCAUGAGGAUGUAAUAUACAGCAUGGUGACUAAAGCUAAUAAUACUGUAUAUUUGAAAGUUGCUAAGAGUAAAUUGUAAAAGUUCUCAUCACAAAAAAAUAAUUUGUAAGUAUGUAUGUGGAUGGAUAUUAGAAUUGUGAGCAUUUCACAAUAUAUACAAAAAUCUAAUCUUAAUGUCCUGUAACUGAAACCAAUAUAAUGUUAUAUGUCAAUUAUCUCAAUUAAAAAAAAAGUGAAUGUGAAACACAAAGUAAAGAUUGCCCCCUGAGGCAAAAGACAGUGUAUCUUAAUUGCUCCUGUCAUGGCCAAAGUGUAUUAAUUCUCCCAAAUGUUCUACUUCUCCCAACACUAACUUCUCUCCCCCAAAAGGAGUUAAAUAUAACAAAAAAGAAAUGAUACAUGAUGGUUAUAUUAAAAGCAAAUUAAACAGACUCAUAAAU